CCAAGGGAAGUGGUUUCAAUAUUUCAAAGCCUUCCAUGUCAUUGCCCAAGAUCAAGGUUCCUGACUUUGAUUUGAGUCUCAAAGGCCCAGAGGUGAAAGGUGAAUACGAUAUUGACCUCCCCUCCGCCGAUAUAAAGGGUGACAUCAAAGGUCCCAAGGUGGACUUAGAUGUUCCUGAGGCUGACAUUAAGGAUCCCAGCGGAUCAUUCCACAUGCCCAAAUUCAAAAUGCCCAAGUUUGGAUUCGGUAGUGGUAAAGUAGAAGGCCCUGAUGUCAAUAUUGAUGCAAAUCUUCCAGGUGCAGAUGUCAGUCUAAGUGGUCCAAAGAUAGAAGGUGAUAUUGAUGUACCUGAUGUAGAUCUAGAUGUUGGUGGAGGCUCUGGUAAAAUCAAAGGCCCAAAACUUAAAAUGCCAGAUUUCAAUAUAUCAGGACCCAAGUUUGAAAAGCCAGAUUGGAAUUUGAAAUUCAAGGGCCCAAAGGCCACAGCAGAUGUCGAUGUCCCAGAUGUUAAUCUCAAGGGUGAUCUGAAAGGCCCAGAUGUCAACAUGAAAGGUCCUAAAGUUGAUAUUAUGGGACCUGAUGCCAAGGGAAGUGGUUUCAAUAUUUCAAUGCCUUCCAUGUCUUUGCCCAAGAUCAAGGUUCCUGACAUUGAUUUGAGUCUCAAAGGCCCAGAGGUGAAAGGUGAAUACGAUAUUGACCUCCCCUCCGCCGAUAUAAAGGGUGACAUCAAAGGUCCAAAGGUGGACAUAGAUGUUCCUGAGGCUGAUAUUAAGGGUCCCAGUGGAUCAUUCCACAUGCCCAAAUUCAAAAUGCCCAAGUUUGGAUUCGGUGGUGGUAAAGUAGAGGGCCCCGAUGUCAAUAUUGAUGCAAAUAUUCCAGCUGGAGAUGUCAGUCUAAGUGGUCCAAAGAUAGAAGGUGAUAUUGAUGUACCUGACGUAGAUCUAGAUGUUGGUGGAGGCUCUGGUAAAAUCAAAGGCCCAAAACUUAAAAUGCCAGAUUUCAAUAUAUCAGGACCCAAGUUUGAAAAGCCAGAUUGGAAUUUGAAAUUCAAGGGCCCAAAGGCCACAGCAGAUGUCGAUGUCCCAGAUGUUAAUCUAGAGGGUGAUCUCAAAGGCCCAGAUGUCAACAUUAAAGGUCCUAAAGUUGAUAUUGAGGGACCUGAUGCCAAGGGAAGUGGUUUCAAUAUUUCAAUGCCUUCCAUGUCAUUGCCCAAGAUCAAGGUUCCUGACUUUGAUUUGAGAUUCAAAGGCCCAGAGAUGAAAGGUGAACACGAUAUUGACCUGCCCUCUGCUGAUUUCAGGGGUGACAUCAAAGGACCCAAGGUGGACAUAGAUGUUCCUGAGGCUGACAUUAAGGGUCCCAGUGGAUCAUUCCACAUGCCCAAAUUCAAAAUGCCCAAGUUUGGAUUCGGUGGUGGUAAAGUAGAGGGCCCCGAUGUCAAUAUUGAUGCAAAUUUUCCAGCUGCAGAUGUCAGUCUAAGUGGUCCAAAGAUAGAAGGUGAUAUUGAUGUACCUGACGUAGAUCUAGAUGUUGGUGGAGGCUCUGGUAAAAUCAAAGGCCCAAAACUUAAAAUGCCAGAUUUCAAUAUAUCAGGACCCAAGUUUGAAAAGCCAGAUUGGAAUUUGAAAUUCAAGGGCCCAAAGGCCAGAGCAGAUGUCGAUGUCCCAGAUGUUAAUCUUGAGGGUGAUCUCAAAGGCCCAGAUGUCAAC